AUGCUCUUAGAACUAUUCUUCUUAUUAAUAAGAAGACUAGCAGCUGUAGAAAGAUUCGAAAUGGUAUCGGGUGAUGAAAAGGAGGAGCCUUUUGUUAUCGAAAAGGAUCAGUGUUGGGUAGUAGCUGAAAACUAAGAGAUCAAAGCUAAGGAAGCAUAUGAUAGUCGAACAUUUGGUCCAGUUUCAUCAGCAGACAUUGUUGGAAGAGCAGUAUUGCUGAGAACAGCUGUGAAUUAUUGUCCCGUUCGAAACAGUGACACUGCAAUGGAACGAGAUUCUCCAAUCCUGGCAAUAGAAUUGGACGUGGAAGAGAUGGCUAAAAACCACAAGGCACAAUGA